AUGGAAGAAGAGAGGGGAUCCAAAGAAGUGAUAGACAUAGCACCAUGUUUUAGACUCCAAGAAUAUGGUGUUAGCUGUCAUACUGGGCUCCUACACAUUGGGAAAUCAAAUGCUUUGGCUGUUGACCAUCUUACAGUCCGGAUUUGUGCCCCAAGAAAGAAAAGUUGCUUGAUAAUUAAUAUGCGACUAGAUUCUGAAGUAUUGGGUAACAGUCCUAUGUCUAUAUAUUCUUUGAAUUAUGGUAGCAUAAAAUAUUUAUUGUACAGAGCCUUUCAAGUGAUGAUCAAGACCGAUAUUGCACUUUUUUGCAAUUCACACGUUGAGAUCUUCAACAUGAGAAAAAAUUGCGCAAAUUAA